AGUCACUUCUCUCUCUCUCUCUAGGUCAGUCGGCAUCUAUCUGUAUGAUGUACUGAACCUAAAGAGUGAAGUCAGAAGAAGAAGAGACACCAUACGAGCCGGCCGGCCGGCCGCCCCCUCUCGCAUCCUCGUGUUCGUAUGUACGUGCCUAGGCGGCCAUGGGCUAGUGAAAGAAGCAGAGGAAUCGAUUCAGGGCCGGAAAAGAUGCAUCAUGCAGCACAUGCAUGUACGCUGCCCAGUCGCGGGUCGGUCGUCCGUAACAUGUACACGGCAAUAAAGCAGAGCAAAGGUUUUUGAGGCAGAAAAGACCCCUGUCCUGCGACGAUCCAUCGACUCAUCGAUCCCUUUGGCUUUAAUGCAGCCUUUUUGUCCCUUAAAAAGCUACUAGCUUCUCCCGCCUUUUCCUCACGCGCACACCUCACCUCACCUCACCUCUUCUUGCUCCUUGGCUCCUUGCUUUGCUAGCUAGCUAGCUCAUGGCGUCUCGCUCGCCGAAGAUGGUGAGAGAAGCUGCCACGAGCUGCAUGGACGCGAACACGACGUUCGUGCAGGCCGACCCGGCGACGUUCAGGGCGCUCGUGCAGAAGCUGACGGGGGCGCCGGGUGGCACGCCGGCGGAGAAGCAGGAGGUGGUGAUGACCGUCGCGCAUGCGCCGCCGCCGAGGCGGCCGAAGCUGCAGGAGAGGCGGCGCGCGGUGCCGGCGAGGCUGGAGCUCACGCGGCGGCAGUCCUUCUAUUACCACCACCACCACGGCCUCGUGCACUCGCCGGUCUCGCCCAUGGACGCCUACCUCCUGGCCUCCUCCUCCUCCUCGCCGUCGCUGUCGUCGUCCUCGUCGAUGUCGCCGUCGACUCAUUCGUCGUCGUCGUGCGGCGUGGUGAUAAGCAAGGAAGAGGAGGAGAGGGAGGAGAAGGCCAUCGCCUCCAAGGGGUUCUACCUGCACUCGUCGCCGAGGAGCGGCGGCGACGGCGAGAGGCCGAAGCUGCUGCCGCUGUUUCCGGUUCACUCCCCCCGGAGCUACUUCGCCUCCUAAUCACUAGUCAGUCGUCACCUGGUCAAUGUAUUCCGGCGAUGCUAUGUUCAUCUACCUAUAGCGCCUGUUUGCAUAAUUAGAAAUUAGAUGAUCCAUGAAUGCAACUCUUGCUGGUCUUAACUAGGUUUAAUUUUCUGAUCCUCUACUGUAUCUCAAUCUGAUAAAGUAUGCCAGCCUUACUUUGUGCAUGUGUGCGCAAGUGGCAGUAGGUUUC